GACCUUGCUGCCGCGCACCCGGGGCGGGAGGCGGGAGGAGCGGAGCCAGCGCUGCGCGGGGUGCAGUCUCCAAUGCGCGGCGCGGAGGCGCCCCCGACGAUCCGAGCCCGCUGCGCCCCCUCCUCACGGCUUACCUGGUGCCAGUUAAGGUAACAGGUCUGGCCUCACCCCACAGACAAUGGCUUUGCCCCCCAUGAGCUAGAGCCUGCUCCCCUCCCCCGGUGCCGGCCCCCCGCCCCACCCCACCAGCCAGCAGGAUGCAGCUGUGGAAGGCGGUGGUGGUGACCCUGGCCUUCAUGACCACGGACGUCGGCAUGACCACGGCCAUCUACAUCUUCAGCCACCUGGACCGCAGCCUGCUGGAGGACAUCCGCCACUUCAACGUCUUCGACUCGGUGCUGGACCUCUGGGCGGCCUGCCUGUACCGCAGCUGCCUGCUGCUGGGGGCCACCAUCGGCGUGGCCAAGAACAGCGCCCUGGGGCCCCGGCGGCUGCGGGCCUCCUGGAUGGUCAUCGCCCUGGUGUGCCUCCUGGUGGGCAUCUACACCAUGGUGAAGCUGCUGCUCUUCUCCGAGGUGCGCAAGCCGGUGCGGGACCCGUGGUUCUGGGCCCUCUUCGUGUGGACCUACAUCUCGCUCGCAGCCUCCUUCCUGCUCUGGCGGCUGCUGUCCACGGUGCGGCCGAGCGCCAAGGCCCUGGAGCCGGGGGCGGGCGCCGAGGCCGAGGCCGAGGGCCUCCCCGCCGAGGACCAGCCGGCGUCGGAGCAGGCGUCGGGGGCCACGCUGCAGAAGCUGCUGUCCUACACCAAGCCCGACCUGGCCUUCCUCGUGGCGGCCUCCUUCUUCCUCAUCAUCGCGGCUCUGGGAGAGACGUUCCUGCCCUACUACACCGGCCGCGCCAUCGACGGCAUCGUCAUCCAGAAGAGCAUGGAGCAGUUCAGCACGGCCGUCGUGGUCAUGUGCCUGCUGGCCCUUGGCAGCUCAUUUGCCGCAGGUAUUCGGGGCGGCAUUUUUACCCUCAUAUUUGCCAGACUGAACAUUCGCCUCCGGAACUGCCUCUUCCGCUCGCUGGUGUCUCAGGAGACGAGCUUCUUUGACGAGAACCGCACAGGCGACCUCAUCUCCCGCCUCACGUCGGACACCACCAUGGUCAGCGACCUGGUCUCGCAGAACAUCAACGUGUUCCUUCGGAACGCGGUCAAGAUCACGGGCGUGGUGGUCUUCAUGUUCAGCCUCUCCUGGCAGCUCUCCCUGGUCACCUUCAUGGGCUUCCCCAUCAUCAUGAUGGUGUCCGACAUCUACGGCAAGUACUACAAGAGGCUCUCCAAGGAGGUCCAGAACGCCCUGGCCAGAGCCAGCAACACGGCCGAGGAGACCAUCAGUGCCAUGAAGACCGUCCGGAGCUUCGCCAACGAGGAGCAGGAGGCGGAGGUGUACUCGCAGAAGCUGCAGCAGGUGUACAAGCUGAACAGGAAGGAGGCGGCCGCCUACACGUACUACGUCUGGGGCAGCGGGCUCACGCUGCUGGUGGUCCAGGUCAGCAUCCUCUACUACGGGGGCCACCUCGUCAUCUCCGGGCAGAUGACCAGCGGCAACCUCAUCUCCUUCAUCAUCUACGAGUUUGUCCUGGGAGACUGUAUGGAGUCCGUGGGCUCUGUCUAUAGCGGCCUGAUGCAAGGAGUGGGGGCUGCCGAGAAGGUCUUCGAGUUCAUUGACCGGCAGCCAACCAUGGUGCAUGAUGGGAACUUGGCCCCUGACCACGUGGAGGGCCGCGUGGACUUUGAGAACGUGACCUUCACCUACCGCACUCGGCCCCACACCAAAGUCCUGCAGGACGUCUCCUUCAGCCUGUCCCCAGGAAAGGUGACUGCGCUCGUGGGGCCCUCGGGCAGCGGGAAGAGCUCCUGCGUCCACAUCCUGGAGAACUUCUACCCCCUGGAGGGGGGCCGUGUGCUGCUGGACGGCAAGCCCAUCAGCGCCUAUGACCACAAGUUCCUGCACCGCGUGAUCUCCCUGGUGAGCCAGGAGCCGGUGCUGUUUGCCCGCUCUAUCACGGAGAACAUCUCCUAUGGCCUGCCCACCGUGCCCUUCGAGAUGGUGGUGGAGGCUGCUCAGAAGGCGAACGCCCACGGCUUCAUCAUGGAGCUCCAGGACGGCUACAAUACAGAGACGGGGGAGAAGGGCGCCCAGCUGUCGGGGGGCCAGAAGCAGCGGGUGGCCAUGGCCCGGGCUCUGGUGCGGAACCCGCCCGUGCUCAUCCUGGACGAAGCCACCAGCGCUCUGGACGCGGAGAGCGAGUUCCUGAUCCAGCGCGCCAUCCACGGCAACCUGCAGAAGCACACGGUGCUCAUCAUCGCGCACCGGCUGAGCACGGUGGAGCGGGCGCACCUCAUCGUGGUGCUGGACAAGGGCCGCGUGGUGCAGCAGGGCACCCACCAGCAGCUGCUGGCCCAGGGCGGCCUCUACGCCAAGCUGGUGCAGCGGCAGAUGCUGGGGCUCGAGCCCGCCCUGGACUGCACGGCCGGCCACAGCGAGCCGGGCAGCGGCGGCCACAAGGCCUGACCGUCCGCCCUGCCUGUCCCGUGGGGCAGAGGCCCCGCGCCCACUUGGCGGAUGUGCCCACGGAGGGCAGCCCCUGAGCCCAGGCCCACGGCCCUGGCGGGCGGCUUGCCAGGCCCCCGUGUCACUGCUUCCUGCAUCUUGUCCUGGUUCCCGCGGUUCCCGGCCGCCAGCCCCAGGCCGCGAGCCACUCCCUCCCGUCUGGACAGUGGGGGCGCCGCGGUCUCCCCACCUGAUCUCCGAGGCGAAGGCAGCGUCACCUUUUCACACCAGGAUCUCACCAGGGAUUUUCACUGUUUGGUUGGAUGGUCCCUGGCCAACUCCCAGAUUUCAAAAAUAUUUUCUCAUUGGGAGUAAUGGCGGGCAAGGUCACUGAGACGUUCUAGAAACUUCUGAGCCAGGAAUGAAUGACCUUUCCCAACAGCCUGGGGGAGGUCAGGGGGGAACUAGGCCUCUUCCCUUUGCCCCUCUCUCCCUCUUCCCAGCUUCGUGAGUCAGGCCCAGGGCGGGUGGGAGGAUGUCCGCCGCCCCCGCCGCCUGCCCAAUCCGAGCCAGUCUCACUGUGAACCACUACGAACCUUAACUGGGGGAGUGGGGGGCUGGCCAGGCCUGGCGGAGCCUCGGGGUGACCCCAGCCCAGCACCCAGCUUUAGCCCCUCCCCGGCUCCCCACCGCUGGCCGCCCCACCUGCCCCCACCUGCCACUCUGCUGCUCCCAGGCCUUUGAUGUUUGGGACACCCGUUCUCUCCCCUGACCAGUGGAUGGGACAGUGGCAAAGUCCAGGGUCUGGCUUUGCAGGGAGGUUGCAAGAUGUUGGGAGAACCCAGUCAAUAAAGUGUACUACCUCUGA